AUGUUCCUCCCUGUCCUUGUUGUGCUGGGCCUCUGCCUGGUGCCUGGUCAGCCCAAACCCACAGGAGAACAUCUGGGCAGUCUUUUCCUCCAGCACUGUUUUGAGGAGGCGAAGAAACUUGUGGAUGAUGCGUAUUUGUACUCCAGACAAGAGAGUCUGAGGCGAGUCCGCAAGGACGAGGUGAGACCUCACGACACCCUGCGUCUCCUGAAGCAGCCUCGAGGUGAAACCCGCUCGGCUGUGAGGUCUGCAGACUACAAGGCCCAAACCCUUCGCCUGCUGCAUGACAGGGUGCAUCGUGUGCACAAGCGCUCGCUCAACACAACAGACUUGCUCAGUGAGGACGACCUGAAAGAUCUCGACAGAAUAACUGGAUGUGCGUCUCGGAUCCGCCUCCCAGAAUGCUGCAGCACAUUAACCAUCAACAAGUAUCGCACAAUCACCAGCGUCUGCAACAACCUAAAAAACCCUCGCCUCGGAGCCUCCAACACCCCCUUCGCCCGCUUGCUGCCUGCUGAAUACGACGACAGCAUCUCCCAACCCAAAGGCUGGAACAACCGCAGCUUCAACAACUUCCUGCUCCCACUGGUACGACAGGUGUCCAACAACAUCCUGAACACAACAGAUGCAGCCGUGGCCAGUGACAGAGAGUUCACUCUCAUGGUGACCAUGUUUGGCCAGUGGAACGACCACGAUCUCACCUUCACGCCCUUCUCCCCCAGCAUCCGCUCCUUCAGCAACGGGGUGAACUGUGAGGAGAGCUGUGAGAAGAGCGAGCCGUGCAUCCCCAUCCCAAUUCCCUGUGGUGACCCUCGGAUUCCUUCCCGCCCCGACACCUGCAUCCCGGCCUUCAGGUCCGCUCCUGCUUGUGGAACAGGGUUCUCGGCCUACAAUUUCGGCGGAGAGCCCAACAAGAGGGAGCAGAUCAACGCGCUGACGGCCUUCCUGGACCUCAGCCAGGUGUACGGCUCUGAUGACAAGCGCGCCCUCUCUCUUCGGGACCUCACUAACAAUGGCGGCCUAUUGCGCGUGAACAAGGAGUUCAGAGACAACAGACGUGAGCUGCUGCCCUUCGAUCACAUGGAGGCGAACAUGUGUGCCACGCGCAAAAGAGUCACAAACGACACAAACGCCAAGGAGGUGCCCUGUUUCAUUGCAGGUGACGUGCGUGUGGACGAGAACAUCGCGCUGAUAUCGCUUCACACGCUGUUUCUGCGUGAGCACAACCGACUGGCCCGCGCGCUGAAGAGACUGAACCCCCACUGGGACAGUGAGACGCUCUACCAGGAGGCGCGCAAGAUCAUGGGUGCUUACACACAGAUAUUUGUGUUCAGGGACUACCUGACACACAUUUUGGGCGACAAUGCAGUUCGAACACAGAUCGGCCCUUACUGCGGCUACAAUGCCAAUGUGGACCCCAGCAUAUCCAACGUCUUUGCAACAGCAGCUUAUCGCUUUGGCCACUUGGCCAUCCAGCCAAUGGUAGCCCGUCUGGAUGGAAACUACAGGGAGAAUAAUCAGUUCCCCAGUGUGUCCUUGCACAUGGCCUUCUUCACCCCCUGGAGAAUCGUCUAUGAGGGUGGUGUUGACCCUCUGCUGCGUGGUUUGAUCGGCCGUCCCGCCAAGCUGAACACUCAGGAUCACAUGUUGGUGGAUGCUCUGAGGGAGCGGCUGUUCCAGUUUGUGGAGCAUCUGGCUUUGGACCUGGGCGCUCUCAACAUGCAGAGAGGACGUGACCACGGCUUGCCUGGCUACAACGCCUAUCGCAGGCUCUGUGGCCUGUCUCAGCCCAGGAACCAGGCGGAGCUCGGGCGGGUUCUGAACAACAACAAUCUGGCCCGGAGGCUGCUGGAGCUCUACGGCUCGCCCAACAACAUCGACGUCUGGAUGGGAGGUGUGGCAGAGCCGUUCGUGCCGGGUGGCCGUGUGGGGCCCCUGUUCGCCUGUCUCAUUGCAAGACAGUUCAAGGCUAUCCGCCAGGGUGACAGGCUGUGGCACGAGAACCCGGGCGUCUUCACCGCGAGACAGAGAGCUGCCCUGUCCUCCGCCACCUUGUCCAAGAUCAUCUGCGACAACACCGGCAUCACAUCGGUCCCGGCAAACGCCUUCAACGUCAUCUCAAACAGGAACCGGCUCGUCCGCUGCAACAACAUCCGAGGCGUGGACCUGACGGCGUGGAGGGACAGAUCCUGCACCAACGGCUCAGGCUGUGACCCCGUCGAAUCACCUGGACCAACAGGGGCCCCAGGGCAGUCUGGACCAACAGGGCCUCUUGGACAACGAGGACCUAGAGGCCCGAGGGGCCGGAGAGGCCCGAUAGGACCUCCAGGCCCCCCUGGUCCACCAGCACUCUUCCAAAAUGCCACACUCCCACAAUCUGCCUUCUCUGUCAUCCUGGGGGUGUACAAACCAUACGUUGAGAAAAUAAUUCAUUUCCAUCAGGUCAUCUACAAUGACCAGCACCACUACAGCACACAGACAGGCCUGUUCACAUGUGUGAUUCCCGGUGUCUAUCAGUUCAGCUUUCUCUGCACGGCCUACGGCGCUGGAGGUGUGGACCUGAUGCGCAACAGUAAGCUGGUGCUGCACAGUUUCAAGUUCUUUCACGGAGGUCAAUACCUGUCUUCCGGGGAAACGGUGCUGAAGCUGGUGAAUGGAGACACAGUGUGGCUAGAGACUGGAAACAAGACCAUCGGCCUGAGCAACAAAAGCUUCUUCUCAGGACACCUGCUCUUCACCAUGUGACACAAACACCUCUUCUCCUGACUGAAACGCCUUCACCACACCUGUGGUCUGUCUGCUGUGGGAUCUGUUUUAAUUACUCUGCCUCUAUGCACUGAACUU